GUACGUCAAGAUGUAGAGUUGGGAUUAGUGAGUAAAGAGAUGCAGUGUUGUGAUAACGAAGGAAACUGCGUUUACAGCAGUGCGUGUCAUUGAUAUGCGCGGGGAGAAUUGUUAUUUCCGGAUUGUUGAAGUGUUGAGCAUUACAAUAAGGAAGUUAGCGGACACGUCCUAUUGGGGGAUUUACGCCAGCUGAAAAAAACCCUUACUCAUGUCUGCAAGCUCUCCACUUAACAAACAAAAAUAUAUAUCUUGCGCUCACUUCUUGAAAUUAUACACACUUGUUGUUUUUCUUACUUACUGCUCGUAUGGAUGUGAGGAAAUUCGGACACAGUAUAUCAGGCGAUUUUAUUUUAUUAUAUUGCUACCUGAAUUGACGAUGUGUUCCGAGGGACAACGAUUUUAAAGAAAGACAUGCUGCAAUUUGAAGAAAAAGUGUCAUAGAGAAUAUCAAAAUGGUGACGAAACAGCCCGAGACGGCGUUAAACAAGAUCUAUCUCGACCUUCUGUGCGAAUCCAUGAAGAGGUUAUGGACGACUGGUGAUCACUCUGACGUCACAAUCGAAGUGGGUGAGAAAACAUUCAAAUGCCACAAAAGCAUCCUCGCGGCGAUGUCGCCAUACUUCGACGCCAUGUUUAGUUCAGGCAUGCGGGAAAGUAUUAGCGGUCAGGUAACAUUUCCGGAAAUGGAUCCGGAUCUGUUUGAGAUCGUUUUGGGUUUUAUGUACACCGGGGCAGCUGAGGACGUCAUGACGACCGAAAACGCGGUAGAACUCCUGCACAUUGCAGCCGUGCUGCAAAUUAAAGCUCUCCAAGGAAUCAUAGAAGAAUUCCUCCAUCCACAUUUAACCAAUGAAAACUGCCUCAAAGUCUGGCGCCUCUCGGUAUUGCACGACUGCCACACGCUGACGGAGAAAUCCGUGCAGUUGAUCGCGAGGAAUUUCAAGGAAAUCAUCAAGACUGAUGAAUUCUGGGAUCUGGACGGCCGAGAAGUUGCAUCCAUUAUUAAAGAAGACACUCUAGAUAUCGAUAGCGAGGACCAGUUGUGUCACCUCGUUAUUAAGUGGAUUGAAAAGGACGUCGAAAAAAGAAAAGAGAGUUGUGGAAUUCUGUUCGAACAGAUUCGUCUAGCCUUUCUCACGCCGGAGUAUUUGGUCAACCUGGAAGAAAAACACGAAUUUUUGAAAGAGAAUCUUGCCUGUAUGAAAUUCAUUAACGAUGCGAAGUCAUUUAAACUUUUACCCGCGCGCCAGCAAGAGGCUCAGGGAAAACAGACGUGCCUGCGAUUGACAGCCAACCAAGAGGAGGUCCUCGUGCUACUCGGAGGGUGUGAGUCGACCACGCCCCCUUAUGUUCGUUCGCUCAGUGUGAUAUGUUACAGCUUUUAUCGAAAGGAGUGGUUUUCUAUUGCGUCACUUCCGUAUGAUCCGGGCAUUGAGUUCGCGUCUUGUACUUACCAGAACGAUAUAUACAUUAACGGAGGCGGAUCCAUGCAGAAGUGUUUAUUGUGGUACGAUAGCAGCAAGAAUAAAUGGCUUCAGAACGAGUGCAUGGGAUAUGGACGGCGACGACACGCCAUUGUCGCUGUCACUGGCGCGCUUUACGCGAUCGGUGGCUAUGACAACAAACUUGACGACGGACAUCGCAUGUUGUCAGGCAUCGAACGUUAUAUAAUUCAGGAGGACCAAUGGGAACCCGCGGGAGAUCUGCCUAUCGCCGUCAGUUCGUUUUCCGCGGCCGUUGUCGGGGAAUCUAUUUACAUAUUCGGAGGUGAGAAAAACGACAGAAAAGACACGGCCUUCAUACAGUGUUACGAAACUCGCACGAAACAAGCCACCAAAGUGGACGCUAAAAUUCCCAUGGCCUGUAAACUGACCAAGUCCAUCACGUGCGACAAAAGAAUAUUUCUGAUCUUCUUCGACGGACGGGUUGUGGAGUUUGUGAAAGACCGGAAAGACGCGUCGAAAAAACCAUUCUGUCGGACAGUGGGCCGCCUUACCGCCUUCCAGCGAAUUCACUUCGGAGUGAUACAACACCGCGGGAACGUGAUAGUGUUAGGGGGUGAGAUAGACAACGCCACUCUCUGUAGUGACCUGAUUAUGUUCGACCCGUCCACCACCGGAUGUACCAAACUGAGAGAUACGCUGCCCAAACCGAGGCUUAUUGAUGGCUGCGUGAAGGUAGCCAUACAAAAGAAGUACCUACAACAACUGAAGGAGGACUCCCCCAAAUCGUCUCGAAGAUGAAAAAUGUCUCAGGAUAUUUGUACAGUACAAUGACUCCGCUUUAACUUUAGCGAUUACGUUUAUUUGUAAGACCUGCACUAGGGAACAUAGUACCCUAAUUGUGAUUACAUAAGUAUGCUUAAGACUUAGAAGUACAGUGCCGAUCUAAACUGCUGGUUCAUACAUAUAGAGACGACAAGUUAAGAAACGAAGUUGUUGUUUUUAAUCUUGUGGUGAAGAGAUCCUACGUGGAGGUCAAGGUCAUUGUUUAUUUCCGUUUGUAGUUCAGAAUUUUCUCAUUUUGCGGUGUCCUUGUUGAUUUCAUUCAAGUUGUUAUUUAUUCCAUCGUCAUGGAAACCAAAGAAAACAGUGUCAGUGCCUUAUUUUAUCACGUGCUGUAAGCAUUUUGAUAGCGAGCUUUACUUCCGGGAUUAUUUUACUUUCGGAAUUUAGGGUUAUUAGGCAUGCGGUACUAUUUACCUUUAGAACCCUCAUUGCAUUAUACAAUAAAUUGACUUGUUCAAACCGAGGCUGUGAAAUAUUUAUUUGUUAUAAUGCUGCACGUGUUUUCUUGUGCGAGAAAUUUUUAUGAAGUUUGCAAGAAAAGGUCGUCGGGAAUAUUUCUCGACGCGAAAGGGUCUAGGUUGAUCGACCCUCCUGUAAUGUCAUAGGUUUCUGCAAAAAAUUUUUUUUUUAUUGAAUUAUACAAAUCUAUCUUUCAGAGGAAUUUUAUUUACUGGAUAAAAUAAAAAAGGUGAACUAUUGAUAUUGAAAAAGUUUAUAAUUUCCGUAAGUAAUCAAUUAUUUAUAAUGAAAAAAAUAAAUAUUAUCAAGGGCAAUAACUCCUAUCCUGAAAUUUUUCUACUGUAUGUCCAGGGCCGUAAAUUACAUGGAGGCGGAGGAGGCAGCUGCCUCCUCCAACUUUUGAGCCAAAAAAAAAUUAAAAUUUAAAGUUCAUUAGAAUUUAUGUUGUUUCCAAUAACUAAGAACAUGAUACCUCCCUUAAAAAGCAUUCCAAAUCUUUCUUUUAGAAUGAGUUAGUCAAGUAACAUCUUAGAAGGCCCUAGAAUCAAGGAUUUUGCACGAAACGUGUUCAGUGUGCACAAAAUGUGCUCAGCGUCUGGGGGCCUGGGCGGCCCCCAGACCCCCACCUAAUUUCCUGCCUCCUCCAAAUUGAAGGUUAAUUUACGGCCCUGAUGUCUAUCAUACAAUGGUUUCCCUCAUUAUAUCGGCAAUUGAUUUAUAAAUUGUUAUAUAUUAGCAGUUUUUUUUAAACAGUUAACAUAAAAAAAAUCGUCAUUUUAAUAAUUUUUCAUUUAUUUUUUAAUUAUUCUGUUUUACGAAAAUGUGUGAUUUUCUGCUGACCUAUACUUCUUGUUUUUUUUUUUUUUUUUUGGUUUUUUUUGGUUUUUUUUUUUUUUUUUUUUUUUAAAAAGCUACAUAUACAUUUUCUUUGGUUAUGAAUCAAAUUAAGUUACAUUGAGUGGAAAUUAAUGCAGUUUUCCAUGAAUAUUGAUAUAACGUCACAUGAGGGUAGAGCUACCUUACAGUUCGCGAAAAUUAGUCGCCACGAACCAGUUUAACUGGUAAAGCGUGACACGAACCAGUUUAACUGGUAAAACGUGACACGAGUUGGUUUACAGUAGAUUUAUUUUUGCAUUUGAUGAUGACUUUGUUAUAUGAUAUUACAUUAUAUUUACCAGCCUAGAACAGGAUUUUUUUAUGAAUAAAGAAUACAAUGAACA